GCGUAAUCGAGCUCUUGUAUCUAUUCAAUCAAGAUGGCCAGCAAAUCAUAUCCUGCCCAGCAGCACGCGAUUAAGACCUUCACAAAGCUAGUCGAGCUGCUGCCCGCGGUGGAACAGAAUAAGCCGCAGAUUGUUCUUCUUGCAGGAGCAGUCACACCGUUCCGCAAUGAUACGGAUCGCGAGAUGCCGUUCAGGCAGGAAUCGAACUUCUUCUAUCUGUCAGGAUGUCGCGUCCCAGCGUCCUACCUGCUAUUAGCGUACCAGAACGGCACAUCGCUCAGCAACCAGCCCUCUUCCCACCUCUUCAUUCCAAAGGCUGAGCUCGCAGACAUCAUGUGGUCCGUCCUGCCACCCUCCCUAGAGGAAGCCACCGCGACGCAUGAUGUCACACGUAUCGACCACCCCGCCGCCCUGGCAGACUCAAUCCAAGAGCUGAUCAAGGCGUUCCCUGGCGCAUUGGUCCACACCCUUCCCUCAUCUCCCCUGUUCCCAAUCAUUCCCUCGCAAUACACCGCUGCAUUCCUCGCUGGAGACGUGAAAGUCACGGAGGAUUACCUCCUCGCGGCAUUGCACCGCGCCCGUUUGGUCAAGGACGCGGAAGAGAUCGCGCUGAUCAGACGGGCCAACGAGAUCAGCUCUCGCGCCCACGAAGUCGUCAUGCGCGUGCUCGGCCAAGGCGUGAGGGGACUCAUCAAGCGUGGAAAGGGCGCCGGCACCGACCGGCCGCUUCUCCCGGGAGAAUGGCUGGUCCAGAAGGAGGCCGAAGCUGAAGCGCUUUUCGUGGCUUCCUGCCGUCGAGAGGGGGCUGAACAUCAGGCUUACCUCCCGAUCGUAGCUGCCUCAACGCGUGCGUCGACGUUGCACUAUUGUUGUAACGACCGCGAGUUCGCUUGGGGCCCUGUAGGCCCGCAGGACCACCAGAACUGCAACGAGUUCGCACACGACCACCAACGGGACCUUCACCCUCAAGUACUGUUGAUAGAUGCCGGCUGCGAAUGGAAGUGCUAUGCUGCUGAUAUCACUCGUACUAUGCCUGUGGGCAACGGUGGUAAAUUCACCCCCGAGGCGCGCGCUAUCUACGAGCUCGUUCUCGAGAUGCAGCGGCUUUCCUUCGAGGCUCUCAAGCCUGGUCUUCAUUGGGACACGAUCCAGCUCAUCUGCCACCGUACGCUCGUGCGCGGCUUCCAGAAGCUGGGGAUCUUCAAGUCGUCUACGUCUCCUAACUCCGGUUCUUGGAACUCUGAGGAGGCGAUCCUUGCCAGCGGGGUUGGCGCGGCAUUCUUCCCGCACGGCGUGGGGCACUCACUCGGCAUGGAUGUACACGAUGUCCCGAGCGCGAGCAAGCCCGUGCAGAACGAGACGAUCAAUGGUAUCCCGCUCGGCCACGAGUCGUUCUACACGUACCUCCGGCUGCGACUCCCGCUCGAGGAGGGCAUGGUUGUGACGGUGGAGCCGGGUUGCUACUUCUCCCCCCACCUCAUUGCGCCCGUCCGGGACUCGAAGCACAUCGACCAAGAGGUCUUGAAACGAUACGAGAGCGUCGGUGGGGUUCGCAUCGAAGACGUUGUGCUUAUCACCAAGGAUGGCUACGAGAAUCUAACCACCGUCCGGAGCGACACUGAGUGGGUGGAGAAGGUUUGCUCUGGGGAGAUCUGAACAGCUCGAAGCUAGCGUUCAAGCUUGUACUACUAAGGGAGCAGUUUGUAUACGUGUAUAGUGCACUUUGUACCUAUCAACCUGAAUAACACCUGUAUCGCUUUGCGGAUGUAUACACCUAUCCAGUUUUCGCCUUCAGAUGCUUCCACAGCGUCAUGAACAUGACGCUCCCAAUGCCCACGAGCGCGACCUGCAUCCCCACAUAACUCAGCAUCCCCACCUUCACGCCCGCGCCACCCCACACCGCACCCGUCACGCGCCCCGAGUAGUUGCUGUACUGGAUCGCGAGGCUGAUGCGCCCGUUCCACUCCCCAGGCAGCUGCUUCGACAACAAACUGAGCGUGACCGUGCUCGCGACGUUGAACCCGAGCGCGACGAGGAACCAGCAGAUGAACAGGCUCCCGUAGUUGACCUGGUCCGCGCCGAGGAUCGCGAGCGCGAUGAUGAGCCCCGCGAGCCCCGUCCCGACGCCCAUCGCGAGCGUGUGGCGGUCCUGCACGCGCCGCGCGACGUGCAGAUUCAAAAGCAGGAAAGGGAUCGUGCACGCGCCCCCAAGCGCGAUCAGGUUCCCCGCCGCGAACGGGCUGAAGUGGAACGGGUUGGAGCGAAGGCGCGAGCUCGUGAAGACGGGGAUGUUUGCCUCCCACGCGCCGAGGAUGAAGAAGCACGUCAUCGCGAACCAGCACAUCGUCGCCGCGGCGCCCCAUUGGCCCCAUGUCAUCUUGUGCGCGGGCGGGGAUACAGGGGAAGGCGGCGGCUGGGGUGCGUCGGCGGGCGCGACGGCAGAGGUGGUGAUCCGCGUCGGCUCGUCUUCGUCUGCCUUGUCCUCGUCUGUGGAGACUGUGCUGCCCUGUGCAGGGAUGGGCUGAAGCGCUAUGCUCUGUGGCGUGCGGGGGACGUCUUCGAACACCACGGUUACGACAACCCAGAACACAGCCCAGAUGACUGCCAUGAUCCACGUGGGGCUAGUGAAUCCGUUGAAGACCGCAUUGUUAAAGCCGAUCUUAAACAGAAGUCCUCCAGCGAACGGCCCUAGGCUAAAUCCAAUCCCCUGGCCAAGGACGAGCCACCCAGCAAGUGUAGUCCGGCGGCGAACGCCGACAAUUCUUGAGUCCGAGCAGAACCGCUUGCAGUACAUCCAGAAGGUGAAUGCAAAACCCGUAACGAUGCGCCCGAUGAGAAUCAGGUACAGCCAAUUAGCACGGUAUGCCAGUCCGUAGAGGAUGUUUCCGAGGCAGGCCGCCCCGCAUGCGAAAUGGAGGGGGCGUUUGUAGCCACCUUGGUCGAGGCGCAUCAAAGGAAUCAAAGCAAGACCUGAGAACACGGUCGGAAUGCCGAUGACAAGUCCGGAGAACGUCGACGUUCCUCCAAGGUGCUGCGCGUACUCGUUGGAUGAUGAUACGAUGCUAAAGAAGGUGAGCUGGAGAAGUACGUUGGCUACAAGAAUGAUGACAAGGGAGGCCAUCUUGGGCAACCUCAAGUCAUCGUCGACGUGGGUCUGACCAUUCUCGUUUGCCUCAGAGACAACGUCCUGUGGUACGACCGCCGAUGCGUGCUCUGAGACGCCCCGAGAAGAUUGCGGCUUGCGAUGCUCCAAGAGUCCCAGGACAGUCGAAGGAAGCCUAAGUGCCGGCAUGUUUAACUCUCUCCGUUGAACAGACUGCCAGCGGGUACUUUAAGAACCUGAGUAGAUGAGUGGCGGUCGGUCGACUGCUUGUCGUGUCACAGGUGGUGCGUCCGAGCCUUUUGACUCUGAUCGCGCGAUUUGCAAACCAGCUGACGCUUGUACAGCAGAGACAC